UUGGGCAGAGGAGAGCGGAGAGGACUGAUUGCUUGUUUGGGCUUCGGCUUCUUCGCGGCCUGGCGGACUGUUUUUAUGUGCGAAGCGUUAAAGAAAUGUAACAUUGCGGAUUAUCAUUGACUUCUUUUUUUUGGAUUACUGCUAUCACUGGUGACGUGGAGCUGCCACGGACGUGUCGGCUUUUAAAACACUGCUCUGCGAAGUGGGUGAAAAUGACCUGAUACGGGAUGAAAGCUCUGGACUAGAGCUUAAACCACUCAGGAAGAGGACAUAACAGGAGUUUAGCGAAGAAACGGUAUAUAAUUGCGAGUGACCAUGGCCUACGCCAACUACAGUGCACUGAGCAGAGCUCAGCUUACCUUUGAGUACCUGCACACAAAUUCGACAACCCACGAGUUCCUAUUUGGAGCCUUGGCAGAACUUGUCGACAAUUCAAGAGAUGCUAACGCCACACGAAUUGACAUUUACACAGAAAAAAAGCCAGAGCUGCGGGGCGGCUACAUGCUCUGUUUUCUGGAUGAUGGCAUUGGAAUGGAUCCCAAUGAGGCGACACAUGUAAUUCAGUUUGGAAAGUCAAGUAAACGUUCAUCCGAGUCCUCUCAGAUCGGGCAGUAUGGAAAUGGAUUAAAAUCUGGCUCUAUGCGAAUCGGCAAGGACUUCAUCUUGUUCACAAAAAAGGGCAAUUCACUGACUUGCCUUUUCCUGUCAAGGACUUUCCAUGAAGAAGAGGGACUUGAUGAGGUGAUAGUGCCCCUCCCUUCCUGGGAUCUGAAGACAAAGGAGCCACUGACCUCUGAUCCAGAGAGGUAUGCCAUAGAGACCGAACUGAUCUUCAAAUACUCGCCUUUCAAAAACGAACAGCAGCUGAUGGAGCAGUUCAACAGAAUAGAAAGUAGCAGUGGCACCCUUGUGAUCGUCUAUAACCUGAAGUUGAUGGACAACAGAGAGCCAGAGCUGGAUGUUGAGACAGAUCACCAGGAUAUACUGAUGGCUGGGACAUCUGUCGAAGGAGUGAAGCCAGAGAGGAGGUCAUUCAGGGCGUAUGCUGCUGUUCUGUACAUUGACCCAAGAAUGAGGAUUUUCGUCCAGGGACACAAAGUCAGGACUAAAAGACUGUCCUGCUGUCUUUAUAAACCAAGAGUUUACAAGUACUCGUCAAAUCGUUUUAAAACCCGUGCUGACCAAGAAGUCAAGAAAGCAGAUCACCUUGCAAAGAUUGCCGAGGAGAAAGCCAGAGAGGCAGAUAGCAAGCGCAAGGAGUUUGAGGCCAGAUUAGGAGACGACAUUUCAAAAGAUUCACGGGCAAUUCUGAGAAAGGUUCAGGAUUCAGCGAUGAUGCUACAACGUGAUGCUGACAUGAAGAAAAGGGUUCUUGAAGCUAAGCAGAAAGCAUUGAAGGAGCCCAAGGAGUUGAAUUUUAUAUUUGGAGUGAACAUUGAACAGAGGGACCUGGAUGGGAUGUUUGUGUACAACUGCUCUCGCCUCAUCAAGAUGUAUGAGAAGACAGGACCACAGCUGGAAGGGGGCAUGGCUUGUGGCGGUGUCGUUGGCGUAGUGGAUGUCCCCUAUUUAGUUCUAGAGCCUACUCACAACAAACAGGACUUUGCAGAUGCUAAGGAGUAUCGCCAUUUACUCAAAUCCAUGGGAGAACAUUUAGCUCAGUACUGGAAGGACAGUAAUAUUGCCCAGAAAGGUAUAGUGAAGUUCUGGGAUGAGUUUGGAUAUCUGUCUGCCAGCUGGUGUGCACCGCCAUCGUCAGAGCUAAGAUACAAGAGACGCCGGGCCAUGGAGAUACCAAUCACGAUUCAGUGUGACAAGUGUUUAAAGUGGAGAACGCUCCCAUUCCAGAUGGAUGCUGUGGACAAACGCUACCCAGACAGUUGGAUGUGUCUCAUGAACCCUGAUGGCAGUCAGGACAGGUGUGAUGCUCCUGAACAGAAACAGAAUUUGCCAGUUGGUGUUCUGAAAAAAGACAAGGUGACAGUCGACGACAAAAAGAAAGACCUGGCAGAGAAAAUCAGUAAGCAGCUGGAAAAACUAGAUGCCUUGGAGAGAACCAACACUGUCAAAUCUGCAGCAGAUGUAAAAAAGCUUCCAUUGGAGGUCAGCAUGAAACCAACAGAGAGCUCUUCUCAGGCAACUAGAUCUUCUGAGCGAUCCAUAACAAGACCUCGCUCUCCACCACUCCCAGCUCACCUCAAAAAUGCCCCCAGUGCUCCCCCAGGUCGUGCUGCUUCUCAGCGCCCCGUCCGAACUGCUGCUGCGCCUCCACCAAAAGUUGAGCCACCCAGGUCUAGAGCUGCAGCAAAGCCUCAGCAGUCUGCAGUAAAGCCCUCACCCAAGGCGACUGCAAAAACUCCUCCACCAAGCCGCACCUCAAGAACACCUGCCAAAGCACCACCCGCCAAAGCUGCAGCUGCUGGACAACGCAAGAGAAUUAUAGAGCAGGAGGACAGUGAUGACGAUGAGGAAGAGGAGGAGGAAGAAGAAGAGGAAGACAGUGAGGGGGAGGAGCCAGUGACAAAGAAAUCCAAGCUUGCAGCAGCAGCUGGGAAAAGUGGAAAAGUGGUAGAGAAGACCCUGCCCACCAAACGUGGCAAGAUGGACGAGGUUAAAAUACACUCCCAGGCUGAGAAGAGAGGGGUGUCUACUCCUCCCCGGCAGACACCGACCACACCAACCCCAGCCACUAAAUCUAUUUCCACAGAACAGCAUGGGGCUAAAGCCAAGGUACCUGAGAAGGUGGCACAGUCGGGACCAGAGAACGAUAUUAAAAAUGCUCAGAAAGAUAAAGGUCUUUUAGUUGAAGUACGUGUCAAUAAGGAGUGGUACACAGGCAAAGUCAUUGCUGUGGAGACUAAUAAACAGAGCAUUCGUUGGAAAGUGAAGUUUGAUUAUGUUCCUCGAUCCACUCCGAAAGACCGAUGGGUGUUUAAAGGUAGUGAUGACGUCAGGUUGAUGCGGCCGCCAUCUCCAAACUCUCAGACACCAGACACCCAACAGGAGACCGAGAGGGGGCUGGCACCCAUGGAGCCGGACACCACUCAGCCAGGAACCAGUCGAGAGGUGUCUGACAGUCUGGUCACCAUGUUGAGAACAAUGCUGCGUUACUUUUUUCCUCCCGCAUUUCGGAUCCCGAAGGACGAUGUUAACAGUAUGACGGCUGAGGAGUUGGUGUCCUUUCCUUUGAAAGAAUAUUUCCAACAGUACGAGUCUGGUCUCCAGUCGUUGUGUAACUCUUACCAGAGCAGAGCUGAUGCCAGGGCCAAAGCUGUUGAAGAGAAGAACAGCAGCACUGAGACCAAACUGAAGGAGGCAGACGAGAAACUACAGAAACUGCGAACGAACAUUGUAGCACUUCUUCAGAAAGUACAAGAGGACAUUGACAUAAACACAGAUGACGAGCUUGAUGCCUACAUAGAGGACCUCCUCACCAAGGGUGAUUAAAGAAGACGGAAAAGAGAAAUGCAGAAAAAGAGGACAUGCACAGAUACAAACUGGCAGUUUUUUCAUUGGAACCGUUACUUGCUAACAGGUCCGGACAAUACAUGCAGAGUUGGCCGUGAAUAUUAGAGAAACUUUUCAUUGUUGAUCCUUCUGUAAUCGUGAAUCAAACGUUUGAUCUUUGAAUUCAGUCCUUCCUGUGUUUAGGCAGCGUCAGCAUGCUCUUUGAGUUCGGGCAGAUUCUUUGGUGUUUCUACAUAGUCUGGUAACCUUCUCACCUGUGGUUUUCUUUUUAGUCCUUUUUAUAUACAUGCUUAUGUAUUGUAUGUUAAGCUAUGUUUAAGCCAUUCUGUCCUUAUUGACCUUUAAUUAUUUGUGCAGGUUUAAUAGGAAAUGUGCUCUCUUUACAGUCAUCUAAUAAUGUGACAACUGCAGACACAUGCAUUUAUUUCUCAUUAUGGUAUGUUGUCAGGUGAGAAUUAGAUGUUACUCAAAACUUGGGUUUGUAUGGGCUGUGCUCCACACUGCGACGUUGACUUUAAACAUGUUUUAUUUUUGUACACUAAAACACCCACACCAGUGUUGCACCUAACCUCCACUCCGGUCUGCCUGUCAAGCAAACCAGGAAAAUCUUUUAUGGAUGGGUGAAGAGACUCACCCACAAAGAAAAACUUCUUACUGGGUUUUAUCAGUAUGAGUAAUCCCCCAAAACUCCCCUGCAUUUAAGCUAUCAUUGUUCUUCAUUCAUUUUGGAAGAAAAAGAAAUCUCACUUUAAUGCAAAAGUUUGUUUGUUCAUAAUUAUUUAGUUCCUAUGUCCUUACUUUUGAACAGAUUUUUUAACAUGUUAUGGAAAAGUUUUAUUAAACAGUGCAUGCUUUCAGUCUUUGUGUUCUGGUUGGAACAAAUGAUUCUGUAUUUUUGACAAAUCUUUACUUAAAACAAUAAAACCGGUUCAGCAACUUA